AUGGAAGCACAUGAUGAUUCAACCCCGUGAUUUCUCAGUCGGCUCAUGUACACUCAACCAUUUCCUCUCCUUUUCUUGUCCUUUUCUUCUUUCUCCUGACACCGUCCGUCGCCCGCUCCCCUCUCUUGUCUCUGUAACUUUCUCCCCCCAGCGCGUCAUGGCAUCCCCCCGGCUGGAGACCUUCUGCUGCCCGAACAGAGACGCGGCGACAGAGUUCGUGGUCACCUUCCAGCCCGUCUUGUUCGGGGCUUUGGGUCUGGGAAGCGCGAGUCUCAGUCUCGUCUUCGCCGUUCUACAAAUCCUGCCAAAGCGCAAAGGAUACAGAAGACUCGGACAGUACCCGCUGCCAAGGCCCGCGUCCUCCUCGCGGAUAUUGUUCAUCAUCAGUAUAUGUGACAUACUGGGAUGCACAGGUAUCAUUGUCAGGUCCUCUGUCUGGCUGGGCCUGCCGAACAUCAUCGACCGCGUCUCGGUGGCCAACAGCACCGAUGCCUGGCCUGGGGCCUUCUGCGUUGGCAGUGCAAUGUGGAUCCAGUUGUUUUUCAGCGCGUCUUUUUGGUGGACCUUUUGUUACGCUGUUGACGUCUUCCUGGUUGUGAAAACAUCUGCAGGAAUCAGCACCAUUAUCCUCUACCACAUGAUUACAUGGGGUCUGGCUGUGCUGCUGUGUGUUGAAGGAGUGGCCAUGCUCUACUACCCAUCUAUCUCUGACUGUGAGCAAGGUCUCCAGCACGCCAUCCCGCACUAUCUCACCACAUACGCACCUAUGCUGCUCGUCCUUGUAGCCAAUCCCGUCUUCUUCAAUCGGACCAUAUCUGCAGUGACAUCUCUGCUAAAAGGACGACAAGGAAUCUACACAGAAAAUGAGAGACGGCUGGCCAAUGAGAUCAAAAUACGCUUCUUUAAAAUAAUGCUGGUGUUCUGUAUUUGCUGGAUUCCCAACAUCAUCAACGAGAGCCUCCUCUUCUACCUGGAGAUGCAGACAGACAUCGACGAUAACGCUUUCAGGAAUAUCAGAAACGCAGCCCUCAUCACAUGGUUUAUCAUGGGUAUCCUGAACCCCAUGCAAGCGCUCCUCAACACCCUGGCCUUUCACGGCUGGACAGGCUUCGAUGUUGACUUCAGAUUGCAGCAGAGGAGGGAGCUGGCCUGGGACUCAAUUUCUACUUCGGUGCCUAACGCAGCAGCCAAUAAUCCCCUGGUGGGAACCACUCUGCUCUACCAGAGUCAUGUCCAGGAGAGCAAGAAGAACACGAGCAACGGACAGCACCACUCUGACGCCAUCAGCGUCCUCUCAGAAGGUUCAGAGUCUAGUACAGUUGAAAUCCACAUUUCCAGCGAUCUACGAGACUAUGAGGAUGUAGCCGCUGAUGAAGAAUCCUUGGAGAACUCUGUAAGGCACUAGCCGGGGGUGAUCAACAACCCGCCUCCCUCUACUUCCCUGUGUGACAUUUCUCUUGUGCUCGUCCACUUUUGUUUUACAUUGUUUCCUCUUAGCUGCCAUUAUCCCAUUGAGAUUCCCCCCCAGAUAUGAACUGGUCAUGAGAUGUCAUUAGUUGGUACAACAAAGUAAGUCCAAGUCUUUAUUCUAAGCCUUUUAUUCCUUCCUAAACUUUGUUUAAUCCGUCUGCAGCAGUGCAACAUCGCAGACUCAUUAACUGUACAGCAGCUGAGCAGUCCCAAAGCUACUUCACCGUCUCUUGUAGCAGUCAGUCGACAGAACAAACAUCACAUUUUUACAUUAUUAACUCACAGGCUGACCUUUAAAAAUGUGCUUGAGGGAAAAUAUCUCCCGGCAAUUAGACGUGUGCUGGUUUUGUGAUGUGCACUCCUGUCAUUAAGCUCUCAAAGCACACAGAACGUAAUAAGCUAAUUAGACUUCUUUUUUUAACAAAGUUACUGUAUUCCUAGUUGUUCACCUUGUAUUUUUGCACACAUCUAUUUUAUACUGUAUUCAAUUCCAAAAGUAUUUGUUAAGGUUUUGUUGGUGACACUUUCUUAAUGUUUUUAAGUCGUUUGCAGACAAAUAAAAUACUGCCGUGCUCAGAAAAACACAGAAUUCAAGACACAGGCUCCGUGGUUUCUGAUAUGAAAAUAGAGUGAUUUAUUUGAGACACUGAAUGACUUCAACGUUUUUGUCAUGGAAACGGGGUGAUUGCACCCUGGACCAGGUGCAAGAGAGACAGUAGCCGUCACAGCACUUAUUCCACACCGGAGCUCCUCGGUGCGCCAACAAUGGCCACCGACCCCACAGCCCAACCCUCAGUCUGACACAGACAAUAAUGGCUCUCAGCAAAUUAAAAAGUCAGAGAACGAUGAACCACCCGAUAACAUCCAAUUGUGACAUUAGAAAAAAAAAAAAAAGACAAAAAUAAAACAUUGGCCCUUCAACUUUUAGCGAGAGUUGAACAUUUGCUGUUCCCACCAUUACAAACAGUGCACUUCACAUUGCUGCAGCAGACGCUGAAUGAAAGGGAACCAGAAACAAAAAAAAGGCAAAUCAAAAUGGUGGCAAGUUAAUUUGAAGAUUCUGUCUUUUCCAUGAGAUCCCCCACUUAGUGCACACCUAUGCAGCUCGACUCACAACCCGUGCAUUUUAAACAGCAUUAACAAGAACAAUCAUAGCUCUUCUUUUUUAAAUUCUUUUUUUUUAGCAAAAGUAGGACUUGUGCUUGACCUCCACCUUCUGAUUGUUCAGAGGAAAGUGCCAAAGAGAAACCGUGGUGAUGCUAUCUGAAGCUGUAGUUGUUUUCCUGCUCAGGUCUGCGUGAUCCCGUGAUGUCCUGUUCCACAAACAAUACAAAGAUAAAGCAGAGAACCAAGCAGGAGACUGCGAUGACUGUCACCUCCCGUAUUGUUGACCAGAUAGCUCCCUGAAUGCCGGUAAUGAGGCACACAUUUCUUCCAUGGCAUCAGGGAUUAAUGGUGGAAAAAAGCAAUUUGUGACUCCUUGAAAAACAAGACAACCCGAUGCAUUGGAUACGAUUGGCCCAGUUGAAAAAGACGGUUAAAAGAAGCUGAUGACGCAUGCGCUUCAUUUAAAAAGAGGUCUCGUCACGUAUUAUCAGCAAAGAUGUGACAGCUCUAGCCAUUAAUGAGCCCCUACAG